CUCCUGCGGUCAAGUUAUCGCCGCGAUGACUCACUUUAUUGUCGUUGCCACCGCAUGUCAGUGAGUAAGUACAUCUACACCGAACGCUCUGUUAUCCAUGAAUGCCUCGAUCACUUCUUCAUCAAUCUGACUAUGACUAUAACCGUCGAAGAAUUUCUCGCGCUCUCGGACGAAGCUGCUGUUCGCUUCGUCAAAGAAAAUUGCAAAGUUAAUACAUACGGAAUUGAUCUGGACGCGAUCUCGGACUUUUUACGCAGCUCUACAGAGCAGCGCCAGGCCGUCUGUUUCAAAGCUUGGUAAGCUUUCGAGUUUUACCACGGCGAAUCGGCUGACAAAUGCUUAGGAGAGCGAAAAAGGCCAUCCAAAGCGAGUAUUCUCACCCGGCCGAUUCGUUGAAGGUGGGCUUUACGCCUCUGGACAGACUUGCAGACACCACUCAAACAGAAGCGUUCUUUUAUGCUGCCAUUAUCAACUGGGGUGGGUGGCCCGUGUGUCUGACGAGCUUCUACGACAAGGCUCAAAGAGACAGGUCAUUUCGCGCGCAGUUCUGGCGCUGGAUUGACUUUCGGCAAGCGCAAUGGCAGUACAGAGGUGAUCCUAGUCGGUCAAAGGAGACCUACCUUGGAGCUCUGAUGUAUUUCUGGCGGCAACAUGGCGUGGAGACGUUUGAAAAAGCUUUCGAAGACUACUGGCUCGAAGAUUGGCAAUCUGAGGAGGACAGCUUUCGUGACUUGGCACAUUACUCGAAUGACGUUCAGUGUCGCGUGUUAACCCGCGAAAUUCAGCAUGUGGUCCACUUUUGUUCAGUCCCUGAAGAAAACACCUUCGAGGCGGACCAGCUUGAAUACAUCGCAUUCGAAACUCGCCGGCGUAAGCGACAAGCACAGAGCCCUGACGAAGACGCAAUUUCAGCGGCACGGGUCAAAUUGUUCGUCAACCAUCCUGUUACAUGGACAAUGAGACCUUCAGUGAUCACUGGCACAUCAAUGUUUGAAGCAAAGGGGGCUGCCCCAGCCGAGAGCUGGGGUGCUGGGCCAGGAGCACGAAUCAUUUACGACGAAGAGUUGGGGGACGACUGAGCAUGAGAUUGUAUGCCACGAAACAGUGUUGACAUUAAGAUUUGUAGCUCUUCUUGCAAACUUGGUCUUUCCUCCACAAUGUCAAAGUGC